AUGUCUUCAACCAAUAGUGCAUUUGAUAGGGUCACAUCAGAAGAAGUAAAGCCAGAAUUCAAAGCAUCAACAAGCUUCACUGAACCUAUGGAACAUCUCACUGUGGACCAACCAUUUGUCUUUGCAAUACCAAGAGCCCAUCUCACAGCUAACGGAUUAGCCUCCCACAUAGCAAAGAAUAUUAUACCUGGUUUGCUGGAAAAAUCAAAUAAACAUCAAUAUCAAAUUGAGCAAUACAAGUUGAAGAAUGCUGAAAUGGAAGCUCGUGGCAAUGAACAAGAUACUUAUGGUUGGUGUAGUUUGAAGUAUCGUUAUGUAAUGGCGGAGCGACGACAAGAACGACUCAAAUUCAAUCCCUUUCAUCUCCACUCCCGAGCAACUCGCCCACGCCCAAGAGCUCGAUCACAAAUUAGCUUCUCUUACCGUUUGAUUCAAGAUCUACUGCUGAGAUUGCCCCCGCCCGACAUCUCCCAGCGCCUCCCUGACCUCCACGCUCACCCGCUCGCCUCCAACAAUGGUCUAUCCCUUCAACUCAACGCUCCUUCAGCUACCAAGCAACAGAUGAUAGCAGAGAAACCUAGUUGGAUUAGGCAUUGCGACACACAUAUUUUAUCAAAUGAUAUUCAGCCUGGCGGCCUCAGGUUUGCUACUGGUGGUGGUUUGCAUUUGCAACAUGAAAUCUGUUGGCAGGGGACUUCAAAAUCGAGCACUCGUCAUCCAAACUCCUUGCAACUCUGCGUGACCAUUUCGGCUCCGUUAAUUGUGUUAGAUGGGCCAAGCAUGGCUUGUAUAUUGCAUCUGUAUAUGACGAUCAAGCUAUUCUCAUCAAGGAAGCCCAGUUCUAGGACAACAGAAUUCGGCCAUGUUUUAGCGGCUAUCAAACAGAAACCAUAUCGAACACCAUGCGAGCAUGUCUCAAGCUAAGGAAGCUGGUUUAGCUUUGAGAACUGAAAUAAACAAGCAAGUUAAAAUAAAAAUAGGGUGUUACUAUUCACCGCCCCCC